UCCUAUAAAGCGUUACUUACCUUGCGUUAUCAGUGCAUGUAGUUCUAAUUGAUUAGCCAUUGCGUCGACUUCGCGUUCCACACUCCGUCACGACAGCUAAACGAGCUCUACCCCUGUCUUGCACAGCUUCACCGCAGUUAUGAGCGAACUCAGCGUCUACGAAAAAGACCCGACCAUCUACCUCUUCACCUCGCUCACUGCUGGAUCCUCGCACAUCAUCACCGCGACAUCGCGUAUAGAGACUAUUCUGAGAGCGAACAAGAUCCCUUUCAAGGGUGUAGACACAGCAACAGAUGAUUUGGCACGAAAGCUGUUCCAACGGAGAGCAGCCGGGAAGAAGCUACCCUUGAUAGUUAAAGAAGGCUACGUUCUGGGGGGCAUCGAAGAAAUCGAAGAAUGGAACGAGUACGACGAGCUACGAGAGGCCCUAGGCGUCACCGCGGCCUUCACGCCUAUGCCCGCAAAGCCCACAUCUCUGUUCGAGCCUACCCCUUCGAAGACUCCCCCGCCGCUCGAGGGCGCUCUACCGGGAGGCUUCUCCUCGACGACGAUACAGGAGAGGGAGAACAAGCCGUUCAUGAGCCCAGAACAGAACCUCGCAAUUCGGCAGAUGGGCGCGGAAGCCGCGAAGGCGGCGGCGGCGAAGAAACCAAUUCCGACGAAGAUCGCGACCACAAAUCCUUUGCUCGUACAAAAGGCGCCGCAGAGCAUCGGUAGUAUUAUUGCGCCCAGGUCAAUUGAUCUGCCCCAAAGCCCGACUUUUGCUCCAGAGCAAGCAUCGCAGAGUAUCGGCGACAUAUUAUCUCCGCGAUCGAUACCAAUCCCGAAGACGCCUACUCCUGCGAUUUUAUCUGCGAGUGUAGGUACUCCGAGCAUUCCAAAAUUGGAGCAGAAACCUGUACACGCGCCGCCCUCGAUGCACAUCGAUGCUGAAAACCCAGAUCUCGCAGCUGGGCCAAUAUCGUCGACACAGGAGGUGAAGACCGGUGCGACCGGGAAGGCAGAUGCUGCAACGAAGAAGCCUACGACCGGAAAAGAGACCGAGGAGAAGAAGAAGGCACCUGCCACUAAGACGUCCACCACGAAGACGUCCACAAGCAAGGUCUCUACAAGCAAGGCUCCCACAACCAAGACUUCCACAACCAAAACCCCUACAACCAAGACAUCUACGACUAAGACGUCCACAUCCACGACCAAGACCCCUGCAACCAAAACCCCUACCAAGACGUCUACCUCCAGGACGUCUACCUAUAAGACGCCUACCACAGCGUCUACCUCAAAAACACCUACUACCACAACGUCUACCACCAGGACACCCACUACCCGAACGUCUACUAUCAGGGCAUCCGUUACGAGAACGUCCUCUACGAAGACGCCUACUACUACUACUAAGACACCCACAACCAAGGCGCCUUCAACUAGAACAUCUACAACUAAGACGUCUACCUCCAAGAAGCCUGCGACUGAAGUCAAGAAACCCACGACUAGGACGAAGACAUCUACAACCGAAACAAAGAAACCUACAGCUGAGAAGAAGAAGCCAACAGCUAAGGUAGGAGAGCCUAAGAAGGUGGAACCGAAGACUGUCGAGACUGUCGAGACGGCUGAGCCAGCUGAGCCAGAAAAGGUAGAAGAGAAGAAAAUCGAGCAGCCAGUAGCGGUAGCUGAGGAAAGCCACGAGGAAGAAAGCAGCGAUGAGGAGGAUGAGGAAGAAGAGAGUUCAGAAGCAGAGCAAGAGGCCGAGAGCGCUCACCCUACGACAGCAGUAGUACCCGAGGAAAUCAGCGAGGAGGGUAGCAGCGAAGAGGAAGAAGAAGAUGACGACGACGAUGAAGAGGAAGAGGAAGACGAAGACGAAUCAGACGACGAAGAGGAGAGUGACGUGGUACACACACAGAUCCAGGAUCCAAAAGACGCCAGUAAGGCGGGAGUCAGCGUGAUGGACUAGGAAGAACUGUCAAGGAGGUUGCUGUACGAUAGAUCGUCUUUGGGGGGUUGUUGCGUGCUUUUAUCAUUCUGAACUUGUAGAGUAUUUUAAACUAGCAUAGUUGAGGGGGUGGGAGAGAGAUUGGAG